UUUGUUUUGCAGUUGGACAGAUGAAGCUAGUGACUUCGGAUAUCUUGCAUCAAUUAGAUAUUUUAAGUGCUAAGGACGUUGCAGAAGAAGGAGAAUCAGUGAUCCUUAAAUGUCGAGUUCAAGAAAUGGGAAAACACAACGACAUCUCGGUGAAUUUAUAUAAAAAUGGGGAGAAAGUGCAAAUCAAGCCGAGUGCUGAAGAGAUGGGCCUUGUCACCUUCAAGCUGGAGAACAUCAGACAAGAGCAGACGGGGAACUACAUCUGCCUUUAUGAAGAGAAGACAACAGAAAAUAUGACACACAUCAAGGAAAAGAACUUCUUGAGCUUGACAGUCAAACCGUCUGUGCUCACUUUACAAGCUGAGAAAAAGAAGUCUGUCCAAGGGGGUCUGGACGUGAUCUUUAAAUGUUUUUUCCCAAAAGGGAAAAAAGCACAAAAUCCACCAAAUGCUUUUCAUCUUUAUGAAAAUGGAAUAAAGAUCAUGUCAAAGUCUGUGGGGAACAAACUGGGAGCGGAGUUUACGGUAAAGAACGUCAAUGAGACCAGCGAUGCAACUUACAUCUGUAAGUACAGAGAACAGGGAGGCUUUACUAUCCAGAGUCAACAGUAUGGCCUUCAAGACAGAGCUUCAGAUCAAAAAACGGAGGGAAAUUCAUCUGAGGGAGCUAAUAAUAUGAUUUUGUACUCCAUCCUGGAACACAAGAAAACCAGCACAAAGAUGCCAACGGAUGUCGACAAGGUGGUUUAUGCCAAACUUGGCCCCCAAAUCAAAACACAGAACUCUCCAGUCGACCCAGAAAAUGCUGAGUCAGCAUGA